UGCCCCAUCGACACUCGAAGAGCGUUAGCGGAGAAUAUCCUGGUGACGGGCGGCACGGCGGAGCUGCCUUGGACUGAAGGCACGGCUAGCGCAAGAACUCCGAUACUUGAUCACUCAACCCCCGUAUGAUACGCGGCUGCACGUGCGCACGUUCAAGUUCCACGCGAGCCCGACGCCGGGCAACUCGUGCGCAUGGGCGGGCGGCUCGGCGGCGGGGGGCGCGGGCGGCGUGGGGGGCGCCGGGGACGCGGGAGGGGGGCGCGCGCUCACCCGCGACGUGUUCGCGCGCGAGCGGCGCCUGCGCGACUGGGUGUGUCUGCUCGACAACACGCCACCCGACCACCCGCACCACCAACACCACCAACACCACCAGCACCCGGACAUAUGAACCACACUCAUUUAACACUUGUAUACUCUUCUAUCCAUGUAGGUAUUGGCACAGAUUCAUUUACUAAACAUACAAUAUAACCCGAUAAGGGUAGUGUGUUCAGAUCAGUAUUGUCUUUGAAUAUGAUGCAUUUUGUGCUUGAUGUUGAGGAGUGAGCCAAAAUGGGUGUAGCAAGGGCUGGCAUGUUGCUGAGCCCUAUCGCUGUUUUAUUUCAACUGCAGCUUGCUUUCGAAUAUUAUAUUCAGAUUAAUAAGAUAAAAUAUAAUAUAAACGACAAAAUAUAUUUAAUAUAUACUUGUA